GUGGGACUUUUCAAUUAUCCACACGUGAUAAAUUUCACCAACCCUAACAAAACCCUUAGCGCAAAAUUCGGCUGUUGUGCCCAUUGGAAACUUUCGGUCCCUCUACACGUAACGUACCUCAAUUUUUGCGGUAGAGACCAGCAGCCCAUCACCAUACACCCACCCAUCUCGACACCUACAGGAAAUCAGUCAAGAUGGUUGCCGCCAAGAAGCACGUCCCGAUCGUCAAGAAGCGAACCAAGAGCUUCAACCGCCACCAGAGCGAUCGGUUCAAAUGUCUCUCCUCUAGCUGGCGCAAGCCUAAGGGUAUUGACAACCGAGUCCGACGACGAUUCCGUGGCAACACUGCCAUGCCCUCGAUCGGUUUCGGCUCCAACAAGAAGACCCGCCACCUCACACCCUCCGGCCACAAGGCCUUCCUCGUCAACAACAUCAAGGAUGUUGAGUUGCUCCUGAUGCACAACCGCACCUUCGCCGCAGAGUACGUCCCUGAAAAUUUGCAUCGAAGGGUGGUUCCGACCCGGAUACGACUAGGUUAACUAAUAAUAUCAUAGGAUCGCCCACAACGUCUCGUCGA